AUGCACCACAUGCGUUUGAAACCCACAAAGGAAAACCAAAACAGCACAAUGGCCAACAUAUCAAUUAGUGCCCCUGGCCUGAACAGUGGUGGGUUCCUUUACAAUAAUGGCAACAAUAACGCGCGCCUAUGUGUCACAGCUGAGACCGAAGACUUCGACAUGGAGACCAUAAGAAAUUGGCAGGAGGAAGGAUUCGACGUCCUAUACCUCCCUUAUAACGGCGGAGGAAAAGACUACGCUCGCCGGUUACAGUCUGUUAAGGAUGGGCUUGGUGUAGGCGAAAACUACGCCGUGAUUGCUUAUGGCGACGCUGCAGACUACUGUCUCGAUUAUUAUAUCAAUUCCGUCAAUGCCAGUCGACUCUGUGCACUGGUUGCCUAUUACCCCAGCUUGAUCCCUGAUACGCGAUCGCGUUUCCCUCUCUCGCUCCAUGUCCUCGUGCACUUGGCAGGCGAGACUGUCGAUGUACUUGUUCAGCCCGUCGCACUAGGCUUGCAGGGGAAAAAGCGCCGCCAGACGCGGCCAAUCAACACAGGUAUCGGGACUGGGGAGCGUUUGGACCUGGCGUACCCGGCGUUUACCUAUGGUAAUGCCAUGCCCGGGUUUGCGGAGACGGACCUAGAGGAAUACGAUCGUCUAUCGGCGGAGCUAGCUUGGUCGCGGACUUUGAAGGUUCUGCGGAAGGGGUAUUCCAGAGAUCCGGAUUACGAGCAGCGAUACGAGCAGCACGUGGAGGACAAACUGCCCCCGUCCAUGCGCCUCCGACUGCUAUCGCGUACCACAGGAACCGAUCGCAUUGUAGAUGAGCUAUAUGUGAGCUAUGAGCACACACAGGAGGUUCCAUGGAUGCUACCGGGUGUCCCACCGACAAACAAGCGAGUUGAGGUCAUCCUCGUGAGCAUUGUCAGUGUACGCGCCGGGCGUCUUUACUCCGAGCACGUAUACUGGGACCAGGCUAGCGUUCUCGUUCAAAUUGGUCUUCUGGAUCCCAAGCUGCUGCCAGACGGAGUCCAUGGCGUCGACCGACUGCCCGUUGUUGGACGUGAAGCAGCUCGUCGCAUCCUCCAUGAGGAUACAGAGCUUGAACAGGAAGACUACCAUAACAAGAUGAUACGUCGUGCGCGUGCUCGCGCUAGAAGGAGCAUAAAUCAGAGCUCCCGCAUGCCGCAGGCCGGCGAUGAGUCUGGUGCUGACUUGAAGCGUGAGGCGGAACAGUUGUUGCCUGACAGGAGUCGGAAUAAAGGCAAGGCGGUUCAGAAAACCAAGCCUGCAAGUCUGCAACGAGAAGCCGAGGACGCCGAUGAGCAUGAUGAUAAUGACGGCGCUGAUACAGAAACAGAGUUUAGUGUCAAAACUAGGUCUGAACCUGGCAAUCGGGCUGCCCAUGUCGAGGAUGGGGUAGAUGACAGUGCUGGGAACGGGUCUAGACAGACCUGA